GUUACCUGUUUUUAGUUAUAUUUAAUAGGAGUUUUCUCAGUAUUCGAUGAAAAUCGAUUCAAGGGGGAAAUAAAUUGUUGAAACCAGCAAAUUUCAGUUUUUCAGUGAGUCACAACUAGACAAGCAGGAUGUCUGACCAAUCCAACGACAUGUAUAAUGUUCCACUAUCAAGUGAUAGUGAUGCAGGCGAACUUUCUUUGAGAGGUACUACCUACACAAACCCGACAGAUCCACAAAAUAACAUGAUCACUUCAAGCAGUGUUGAUUCUGACCUAAAUGGAGACGAGGAGGAGGAGAAACAAAGACUGAUUACACAGGUUUUAGAACUGCAAAACACUUUGGAUGAUUUGUCAAGCCGUGUAGACACAGUAAAAGAGGAGAACUUGAAAUUGAAGUCAGAGAACCAAGUUCUUGGCCAGUAUAUUGAAAACCUGAUGGCUGCAAGCAGUGUGUUCCAAUCAACAUCACCAAAAUCCAAAAAGAAGUCCAGCAAGAAGAAGGAAAAGUGAGAAGGGAGAAUCGGUUUGUACACGGACCAAGUGCAAUAAACGUUUUGUUGAUUUUGUUCAGGAACACCCAGUUUAUGUUGUCUCCAUUUCAUAGCUUCCCAGCUUUAUGUUCAAGUUAUUGGUUAUCUAGUGUAUAUGAACAGAACAGAACAGGAUUUGCGUUAUAAAUUAUAAUUGAGCGAGAAUUUUUUAUUUACUAAUAGUCUCACCUGCAAGGAAGUUUUUUACAGGAUCAUUUAGUAUUUUUGUUGUCACUAAAUGUUGUCUUCCAUGAUUUAUUGAAUAUACUUGCUCAUAAUAAAUGUGGAUUCAGCAUGGCUUAAAACUUCAUGCAAAUGCUUUGUUUAAUUUUGGUUGAAAAAAGUACAAAAAUUGAUAAUUUUAAACAUCAUCAAAUCUUUUUUUUAAGUUUAUUGUCAAUUAAGUUCUAGCUAGGAAACUUCAAAACAUUUGUUUAAAUAUGUUUACCACAAAUUUCCUUUACUAUUUUACUAUUUCAUUACUUUACUAUACAUCAUAUUGUUAAAGAUUCCGCAAAAGAAAGCUUGAUUAUAAAUAGAAAUGAAUGUUUUGUUUUUAUUUUUCUAUACAUGAAUGAGUGAACUGCAAAAUUUUUAGUUUUGUACACUUUGUUUGUUAUGAAUAAUAAUUCUCUUGCAAAUUCUUGUAUGUUAUGCCGGUUUCCAAAAAGUACAAUAGAAUGUGGUUUAACAAAAGUUAAAAAGGCUACAACAAAAGUAAAAGUUUACUUUAUUAGAUACUAUACAUACAACAAUUGAUAUUGUAAUUUGCUGGGAAAUUCACAUACAUGUAUUUGGAAGAAAGCAAAGAAGUAAAAGCAUUUAAUUGACUAUUGAAUUAUGAAUGUUAUAAAAUGAUAAGACAACCCUGGUUGUGCAAUCCUAUAUUUACUAUUUGUUAUAUUAUUAUAUAUUUAGAUAUUAUAUUAGUAUUUGUUGGUUUUUUUUUUUUAGGGUUUUUAUUUUUUGCUACUUGAACCAGUUUUAAUCCUUCACCUUGAAAAUGAUGUUACACAGACAUUCAGAGCCUCAAUUAUUAUUGACUUAAUUAUUGUUGUUACAUUAAUUACUGCUAUGCCCCCAAAAUUUUUCAUAUAGAAAAUAGAAAAUAAUUAUAGUUAAAUAUUUAUCGGUCCCUCCAUCAGUCUUACUGUUUCUAUUAGAACCUCUAUUUAUUGUAAGUUUCUGGAAAGUUCUAUUGGAUGCCCGCUGGAGCCGGGGAAAAUGCAAAUACCUUCAUCUGGACAGGCUUUCAUUAAUGUUCUCAAAGUCAAAAUCUCAGCUUAGCAACUCAGAAACUGAGAUUGAGAUUUUUCUCAGUUUGUGAUUAGUGAAAGCCAAACCUGAGGUCUCAAUCUAGCAUUUUAGCCGAAAGUCGCCAUAUGAACUUUAUAGUGUAUUGACUUUAAUCCCAAGAAAUUAAUAUAUUUGGUGUUUUAAUAGAAAUGUAUCUCGUCAUAGGGUUCAGAAAGGUUGGGUGCGUGUUAAAGUCACUGGGUCAAACAAUAGAUUUUUCCAGAUCCACUUAGCAAAGCCAUGUUUUAACUUUUAUCAAAGUGACAUUAGAGGUAUACAUUGUGAAUACUAAUAUUCUUGUUGUUGGCAAGCUUUCGUACUAGUGUUCAUUAUCUAUUGUCAAUAAUUUUCUUGUUGAUGUUGAAGAGCAGACAAAACCUUUUUGUAUUUCCAAGUUUUAUUGAACUUGUAUACGACUUUCUUAAUUUUAAGCCUCUUUUUUUU